CUGUUGUAUAUGUACUGGCACCAGAGGAAUGAAACGUGUGUGCGUGUGUGCAAUCUCUACUCUUCAGCUUGGUAUCAGAGCUAUCCCCUUUCUCCUCUACCUUCCUCCCCAUGGCUCCCUCUUCUUCCUCCAGUGAUGAUGAACAGCGACGCACCCUUCCCCUGACUGGCCAUCUCUCCAAUACCUCCAUCCAGCUUGUUCCCUCCCCUCCCACCACUGGUGGCGUCGACAUCUCCCGAUACAUCAAAUUCAAACUCGACGCGGCCAAGGGCAACUACCACAAGUGGCGCAACUUCUUCCUCACCAUCCUCACCAAGUACAACGCUCGCGAUCACGUCGAGGAGGAGACAGAUCCUCACCUCGCCGAUGCGGAGUGGCGCUCCUCCGACGUCGACAUCAUCCUUUGGAUCUACGGGUCCAUCUCCGAUGAGCUGCAGGACGUGAUCCUCCAGGCCGACGGCACCGCCUACACCGCGUGGAAGGCCCUGGCGCACUUCUUCACCUCCAACGCCGAGAGCCGCGAGACCCUCCUCGACAAGCAGUUGAAGAACACCGUCCAGGGCGACAUGGACAUCAUCACCUACAGCAACAAACUCAAGAGCAUCGCCGACCAACUCGCUGACGUUGGCGCCCCGGUAACAGAGAAGAAACUAACCAUGCAGCUCAUUGAAGGCCUCGACGUCGACCGCUUCAAGAAUCAGCAGGACUACCUCGAGCUGGCCACGUCGUUCCCCUCCUUCAUGGACGUCCGUGCUCGACUUCAGCUCGCCGAACAGAAGUUGCAGUCCAAGGCCAAGUCUACUCUGCAGAUCCUCCACGCCGACGCCGCCCCUAACUUCGUCUUCCGCGGCAACUGCUACACCUGCGGCGCUCCCGGACAUAUGGCCCGUGACUGCCCCGCGGUGGUGACCGCGGGCCGAACGGUCGCGGCGGCGGCUAUGGCCAGCAGCCAGGCUAUGGCGGUGGCGGCUACAACUACGGGGGGCGCAGAACACCUACCGUGGUGGCUACAAUGGCGGUGGCGACCGUGGGCGCGGUCGCGGUCGCGGCCGUGGUGAUCAAGGUGGACGCGGCGGGUACGGCUACCAGCAGGGCUACGGCGGCGGUUACGGACAAUAGCAGGGCCACGGAGGGUACGGGCACCAGCAAGGCUACGGCGGCGGCUACGGCCAGCCACCGGUCCAGAACGGCGCUCCGCACGGUGGUGCUCCUCCAGCACCACAACAACCUCGUCCACACUGGGUGCCGCCCAAUGACAGUGGUGUCCUAGGACCUCAUCCUGGUGCCCAGACGCAGGUGUACCCGGUGAUUCACACUGCUCCAGCCCAGCAGACGGUCCUCGUGCCACCGCCACAGCAGUCGUACGACUACAGCGCCAUGUUCCAGAGCACGCCGAGCUUGGCCCACCACCAGCCUCAACCAGAGUGGAUCCUGGAUUCCGGCGCCACCACGCACGUCACCAAUCAGCAAGGAAACCUCACCUCGUUUUAUUCCCCAGCACACUUGAAUUCAAAUGGCAUUGUAGUUGGUAAUGGGUCCACAAUCCCCAUCUACUCCAUUGGAUCUGGCUACGCGGCAGCUAAUUCUGAGGUCCAGUAGCAGCGGCGAUCUCUACCCCUUCUUCGGCGAUCUCACCAAUACAGCCACUGCUCUCACCGUCUCCACCACUCGCGACUUGUGGCACCGUCGACUUGGACAUCCUGGCGCCGAUUGUCUCUCCAAGCUUUCCUCUAGUUUCCCUGUGUGAGGCAUGUCAGCUGGGUAGACAACCUAGACUUCCUUUUUCUUCAUCCUCUAGUUAUACCACAUCUCCAUUUAUGCUUAUC